UUUACAGGAGCUCGCAUUUAAAGCCAAUGGAAUUAGUGGGAUGACCCCAAUUUUCUGAAGGGAGAAGAAAGAUGAGCCGGCCAUUGUUCUCUUUCAAAUUCGCCUUCUUCUUCUCCCUUUCUCUUGCCGCUUCGUACACUGUCACUUCUACCCCAACAUUCUACUACUUCCGUAAGCUCAAACUACGUUCCUCCUCUGCCUCCCCGUCCGUACCGAAGGCCUCAGCCGCCGAUUUGCUCGCUCUGUUGGGCCCACCUCAACAAGCCUUAGCUGUCAACUCUCAAGAGGCGCGUCAGCUACGUUCUUGCUUCAAAUUCCUAGUUCCUUUUUCUCCAAGUUCUCAGACUCCGAAUAGACGCUCCUUGAGUUCGAAAUUGAGUGAUGAUCGAAGGAGUAUAAGCGAAGAGAAUGAGCUUAUUUGGUGGCCGCCGGCGCCGGUAAUGGAGCUUGCUCGGCUCGCUGUUGACUCUGGUGGUGAUACUGCGUCUAUUCAAAGGACUCUUGAUCCAACAGUCAUCCCUGUUCCUGACAUUGAAGGAUCAAAGGAAGACCGAUGUGAACUUACCAGAACUCCUCAUGGGAGACUGUUUAUUAAUGACGAGAUAAAUUCAUACCUCGAAUCUUUGUUUGAAAUGAUUGUUGCUCGGGGACCCAGUGUUGGGCUGAAUGUAUCAUUGUCGCGCUUUGAUUUCUUUCAUGGUCAUGUCUUUCUUGCCAGAGACUCUGGAAGACUUGGGAUCUUGUUCCAUGCUAAGGAGUAUCCAGUAUAUGAUAAGGAAGUUUUUCCUUGUAACAUGGGCUACUGCCAAAUAGGAACUAAUGUUUCUUAUGACGAUUCAAUGAAUUUGCGUAACAUAUUGUGGCUAGCUCCAUUAGCUAGCAACUCCUCAAAUGAAUGGUUAGCACCAGUUAAUAGCUGCAGAAAUGCAACUAUAGUUUGGAGUUUAAUGGGUUACCAAGAUUCUUGAGAAAUUUAUGGGGCUGUUAGUGAACACUGUUCUGGCAUGUAUCACUGGGAUAAGAGUUUUCACACAUCACCUAGAUUUCCUCUUGAUAUUCCCUUUGAGAAACAAACUCACAGUGAGGAACUUCCUUUGGCUUUAUUUUUUAAUAAUAAUACCUUUGAGUUCUCUUUGGAUAAACUAGCGUAAAUAGGGACAUGAUGCUGUUGAAUUUCUAAAGAAAGGUGAUCCUGUUGCUACAACUAAGGUAGGGGUAAGGUUUGCGUACAUCCCACCUCCCCAGACCCCUCUUGUAGGAUUACACUGGGUAAGUUGUUAUCUUUAUUAGUAGAGUUCCAUCGUCCACGUCUCUUUUUAGCUUUCCCUUAUGUUUGUCCAUGUGUCUCAAGUAUUAUUUUGCAGUAUCUUGGCAAUAUUCUCCAACUCUGAAGCCACAUAGAGUAGAGGAACAAGUGGGCUGUUAAAUACUUGUCUUCAUAAGUAACUAUAAACUGAACAUGGUUUGUCUUCAAGAAAAUAAAGUCACUUUAUUAAUACAGUAAGGUGCUAGAUUGCUAAAAGUUGUGAGAGAUAUUAUGGAGCACAAAAAUAAGUUGUCAUGAAUGUGUUAUUGUCGUCGGUUUCUUAAAGAAAUAUGUAUCCUUGAGUUUAGCUCCUAACUAACUUUUUUCUGUGGAUCCCUUCCACAAGUUCACGUUAUUAAUUUCCUGUUGUUUUGAUGACAUGUUGGUAG